GAAUUCAGUGUUCGAUCAGUUGUAGGGUUGAACACACCCUGAAUUAUAUCUUCAAAAUUCUCUUCAAAAUUUCUUAUUCCAAAUUUUAGUUUUUAAUUUAGGACUAACCAAAUUUGUAAUUAGGACAAAAUGUUUAACAAGACUGCAGUAGUUCUCGGCAAGUGCACUAAGGAGUGCCUUCGCAGUCGCUGCAUGUAUCCAAACUCCUUUCUGCGUUCUUACCAUUUAGCCAAACUCCAAAAUAAAUUCACGGGAUAUGCGGAUAGAAAGCAGGACUACCUUAAGGUUCUGCCCAACUUAAAAGAUACGGGCAUCCCACGCAAUGGAAAACAGAAUUUGGAGGAUGCCUCCAUCGGUGUAAUCCACGUCCAGGGGCAAGAGUCUGCCGACCUCACCAGUCCAAUGGAGCGCAAAUUCCUGUAUGAUGACGAGAUUCAGCAGGCCCAAAGGAAAUGGCUGAAUCGUUGGUUAAAGGAGGAAGAGAAUGACAACGAAGAUCUCGGAGCUCUGACUAAGGAGAUAACUAUGUCUGCUGCCAAAGAUAAAUCAGGAAAGGGCAAAAAGGAUUCAUGCAACAAAGGAGGUUCGGGCAAGAAAGAUGCGGCCAAGAAAGGUGCCGAGCAAAAGAAGAAGUGCGAAGAAAUGGCCCAAAAGGAAAAAUGCGACAAAAUGGCCAAGGAAGAAAAAAGCAAAAAAGAUUCAGGUAAGAAAGGGGACAAGAAAAAAGAUGCUGGCAAGAAAGAUGCUGGCAAGAAAGAUGCGGCUAAGAAAGAUGCGGCUAAGAAAGAUGCAGAAGUAAAGAAAAAGUGCGAAGAAUUGGGCCAAAAGGAGAAAUGUGACAAGAUGGCCAAAGAGGAGAAAAGCAAAAAAGGUUCAGGCAAAAAAGAAGACAAGAAAGGUGAUAAGAACAAAGAUGCUGGCAAGAAAGAUGCAGCUAAGAAAGAAGCAGAGCUUAAGAAAAAGUGCGAAGAAUUGGCCUUAAAGGAGAAAUGUGACAAGAUGGCCAAAGAGGAGAAAAGCAAGAAAGAUGCGGCCAAGAAAAAAGCCGAGCAGAAGAAGUGCGAAGAAAUAGCCCAAAAGGAAAAAUGCGACAAGAUGGCCAAAGAGGAGAAAAGCAAGAAAGAUGCGGCCAAGAAAAAAGCCGAGCAAAAGAAGUGCGAAGAAAUGGCUCAAAAGGAAAAAUGCAGCAAGAUAACCAAAGAAGAAAAAACCAAGAAGGAUUCAAGCAAGGGAGGAGACAAGAAAAAGGAUGCGAGCAAGAAAGAAGCUUCGGGCAAGAAAGAAACUUCUGGAAAGAAGGAAGCAUCGGGAAAGAAAAACGACCAAAGCAAAAAGGAUCCCGCCAAGAAGGAUGUUUCGGCCCAGAAGAAGGAUUCGGGCACGAAAGCUGAUUCGGCCAAAAAAUCCGAAAAGGACAAGAAAGAAAAAUCUACAGCUAGCAAAGAUCCAUGCAAAAAAGGAGCUUCGGGCAAAGAAAGUAAAGCAAGCAUAAAGGAUACCACCAAAAAGGAUGCCGCCAAGAAGGAUGCCGGCAAGAAGGAUUCCGCCAAGGAUGUUUCGGCCCAGAAAAAGGAUUCAGGCAAGAAGGAACCUGCCAAGAAAAAGGAUGCGGACAAGAAAAAGAACGUGAGCAAAAACGAAAAUGCUGCCAAAUGUGGUAAAGAUGCCGAUAAAAAGAAAAAAGAAGCCGAGCAAAAGAAAAAGUGCGAAGAAAUGGCCCAAAAGGAAAAAUGCGACAAGAUGGCCAAAGAGGAAAAAAGCAAGAAAGAUGCGGCCAAGAAAGAAGCUGAGCAAAAGAAAAAGUGCGAAGAAAUGGCCCAAAAGGAUAAAUGCGACAAGAUAGCCAAAGAAGAGAAAAGCAAAAAAGGAUCAAAUAAGGGAGGAGACAAGAAAAAAAAUGCGGGCAAGAAAGGAGAUGCAGGCAAGAAAGCAGGAAAGGAUUCUGGAAAGAAAAGCGACAAGAAAACUGAUGUCGUCUUGCCCGAAGGCAAGGAAAGAAAGGAGCUUGAAAGGAAGUGUGCGGAAUUGGAGUUGAAAUUAAAAUGCCAAAAAUUAGCACAAGAUGAGCAGAAGAAGAAACUGAUUAUAAGGUGCAAGCAAAUCGCCGAGCGUGUGAUGUGUCAAAAGUUGGCCGAGAAAGAAAAAUGCAAAUCGGACAAUAACAAAAACAAAGCCAAGUGAGGAAGGAAAUUAUGGAAGUGUGAAAAAAUGGCCCAUAAAAAGAGACGUCGCCGAGAUGAAAAAGAAUUUCAAAGUUUAAGCUAAGUUUUCCAAAUUUCCUGUACAAUUUUACAAAACCAAUAACUUUAUGGUUUUAGUUUACUUUGUAAAUACAUAUUUUAAAAUUA